CAAGAUCCUUAAUCCCCCAAAAUCCCCUGCCUUGUUGGGAUUGUUAAUUAGAGGAGGAGGAGUUAAACCUUUUUUCUUUUUUCUGUUAAACAAAAACCGACUCUGACGUGUUACAAGUAGUAUUAGAUUUGGCGGGUUCCCCUGUUUCUUUCUCUGCUCUCUCUCUUAUAUUUUGCUCUUUUUUCUUUCUUUCUCUCUGCAAUCCCGAAUCCCAAGAAGAAGCCACCGCAGAACAAGUCACCUGGACUCUCUUGAGCACCUGAAAUUUGUUUUCCAAAAGCAGAGUUUUAUCAGGGAUGGAUAUGUUCUACAGAUCUUUCCUCGAUCCUGACAUUGUAUCCAUGAUUGAGAGAAUGCAUCCUCCCAGGGUAUCUGUGGAUAAUGAUUCUUGCUCAGAUUGUAGCCUUGUGAAGGUCGAUAGCGCGAACAAGCAUGGGAUACUACUGGAGAUGGUCCAGUUUUUGACAGAUUUGGAACUAGUAAUUUCCAAAUCAUACAUUUGUUCUGAUGGUGGCUGGUUAAUGGAUGUCUUUCACGUGACAGACCAAAAAGGGAAGAAAAUUAGGGACGAAGGCCUCAUUAAUCAUAUCCAGCAGGCUUUUGGUACAGGCAAAGAAGUUUCAAAAGAGCUCCAACUAUCUUUGCGCAGAAAUGUUAGACCAACUCAUAUCUCCAGUGAGCACACUGCCCUUGAAAUGACUGCAAUAGAUAGGCCCGGUUUGAUGUCAGAGAUCUCAGCUGUUUUGGCUGAAAUGGGAUGCCAUAUUUCAGCAGCUGUGGUUUGGACUCAUAAUUCUCGUUCAGCAUGCAUCCUUUAUGUGGCAGAUGAUUCUAAUGGUGCACCUAUUACUGAUCCAUGUCGAGUGGCACGUGUACAGGCCCAGCUGGAAAGUGUCGUCGAGGCUCAUCACGUUAAUGAUGAAAAGCGGAGUGUGAGGUUGGCAUCUCCCCCAUCUGGAAAAACUCACACCGAAAGACGACUUCACCAGUUGAUGGAAGCUGAUAGAGACUACGAGGCGUGCUGCUUUUCUUGUUGUGAGGGGAUACCUAGUAAGGAUGUGGAGUUCUACCCAUAUGGAAAGUGUGAUGAGGAGAGGCUGAACCAAUGUGACGCUACGCACGUGAAAGUAGAGAACUGUAAAGAGAAAGGUUACUCAAUUAUCACUGUGAGGAGUAGAGAUCGACCGAAGUUAUUGUUUGAUACUGUAUGCGCUUUGACAGACAUGCAGUAUAUUGUGUUCCAUGCAGCCGUAAGCUCAAAAGGGUCGAGAGCUUUUCAGGAAUACUAUGUAAGGCACAAAAGAGGAUGCACCCUGGAACUGGAGGCUGAGAGAAGGAGACUCAUUCAGUGUCUCAUUGCAGCCACAGAGAGGAGAGUGUCUCAUGGGAUAAGGCUGGAUGUGAGAACCCAAAACAGAUUAGGAUUACUAUCAGAUAUUACGAGAGUCUUUAGAGAAAAUGGACUAUCCAUAACAAGAGCCGAGAUUGGAUCGAUUGAUGAUAGAGCUGUUGGAACAUUCUACGUUAAAGACACUUCCGGGCAGACUGUUAGCGGAGAAACACUUGAGAUGGUAAAGAAAGAAAUUGGAGGCACCAUUCUGGUGAUUGACAAGUCAGUGGAUGAGCAACCUGAAACCACUCAUUCAAACCCGAGUGGAGAUAGUAGUAGUAGCAGUAGCAAUGGCUUGGUGGAGAGGAGGACGGUCUCAUUUGGGAGUGUGUUGUGGUCUCAACUUGAGAGGCUGUCAAGCAAUUUCAAGCCUAUAAAAUCAUAAUAGGAACUGUGACAAGAUGUGAAUCUGAUUCAUGUGUGUAUAAGUUGCUUCCAUGUAGGUUUUCUUUUGUACAUAUUAUGCCUGGCAACUCUCAGUAUUGUGUACAUAAUAGGAUUUUCUCUCGUGAUCAACUCUGAAUAUUUGUAUAUAAUAGCUUCCCAUUCGGUCAUUCCUAGUGCACAUUGGGAGAUUACAAUCUUUCUGCUCAUUAAUAUCUCAGGCCUGUAAGCUUUGUCACACUAACAGAGAUAUAAAAGUUCAACAUGUUGCCUUGCAUCGUAUAAUGUUGCUCAGCGGAAUAAACAAAGACAUUCUGUGAUAUAACGUCAUCCAAAUGAGGGUGUCUAUUUACAAACUUACAAUUACAGCUAGGACUUGGUCCGCACCAAAUAGACAGGAAUUACACUAUAAACACGUUUUCCUUUCUUUUCAGAAAUGCAAAUUUAAUAAACAAUUUCCAGAGAUGAUUCUUCAAACAUCAUGCUGACAUGUCUCUCAAGAUUAAACCAGUUAAGGCUCUUUUUCCAACUUGAAGUCGCCUUUUUGCAUCCAACACAUUCAAGACGGAGACUCCAACAAGUUGCAAAAGCUUUUCACAAUUGAACCCAAUCUCUAGAGUCUUUAUCUGAACUGUAACUUGGUUUUUUGAGGCUUGUCGGCACAUCUUCAUCAUCCUCUUCAAGAUCACUAAAAGACACGUCCUCCUCAUUCUCAAUAGGGAUUGUCGAUCCAGCAAUGCCACCUACUUCUGUGCUCUCUUCCUUUAACCAAUCAUCAGCAUCAUCUUCAUCGUUCUCUUCUGUGGAGUGAGUUUGCAUAUUUUGACCCUUGUUCUGGUCAUCCGUUUUCAAGGCCACAGGUUUAUUGGAAUUUUGAACUUCAAUGCUCCUAAAAGGUUGUUCCUCAGUCCCAUAUUCUUCUGCUGCAGUGGAAGCAGAAGUUUCAACAACAGAUGUUACAGGCACGCUGUCAUGAUCAGUGCUGGAUGGUACAGAAAGGGUUUCUUCAUUUUGACUGUAGGAGCUGUCUUUGGCAUCAAUUGUGCCCUCUCCAGCCAAUACCUUGGCCUUACUGCGGUUCUGCAGUUCCUGUGAUAACAAGGCCCUGGCAUUCAUAAUCUGCAUUCGCCAUAUGAAAUGCCAAAGGAGAGGAAUAAAUGUCAUAACCGAGCAAGACAAUAACUUGAAAAUCCACUGCACAAUAAAGAUAAAUACACAAUACUGAAAUGGCAAAAAUAAAAAUGAUCACAGGUGAAUGGUUUUAAAACAUUCACUGAAAGCCUCACGUCUGGAAUGGUUUUAAAACAUGGACAUUCCUAUUCCUCAGAGAAGUUUACAAGCCACUGAAUAAAUAGCUCCAGUAUCAAAUGGAAGAUCAAGUAGCAAACAAACUAUCCAGCUUUGAUACCGGUGCCAGAACCCACACAUGUCCGCCAAGUGGGUAAGGCGUGACGAUUUUUACGUUAUACUUAAGACAGAAAAGAUUUGACACCAUGGAAGGUCAGCAAUCAGCAUGGCUGAUAUUAAAGUUAGAUACACCAGUGACCCACAAAAAUUGGUGUUUUAGUCAUCAUGUCUAGAGUAUGAGAAAUCAGGAGAGUUGGAUACGCAGGUCACACCAAAACUUGAACUAUUUAGUUCAGGUUCUUUCUUAUAUUUAUGAGCUUACAUGGAAACCUAGACAUCAAUCAAUAAACAGAAACAACAGCCCAGGAGCAUCCCGUUGUCCCACUGGAUAAGUUAGCAUAUACAUCAAUCAAAUCGGAGAAACAGCAAAGUCAUUUUGAGGCAGCAAAAACUGAUGCAAAAAAUGAUCCAAAAUUAAGGUCGCCACUUCCCCAAAUCAAUAUACAACAAGCCCUAAUAAGCUCCAAACAUUAAAUAUUUUAACCAACAUACCAAAUACCAACCCACUUGAAUUACCAUUGCCGAAAGUGAAAAAGGAAAUGAAGUAUCAGACUCAGCCAAACUUACCUGCGGUGUUGAUAACAACACAGCAUCUUCCUUAUCCAGCCUAGGAUGAAGAAGCACAAAGUAUAUCUUCCAAAAACAGCUCUCACUCAUAUAACCUGGGCAAAGUUCAAUCCGCAAUGCGGCUAAACCUGGGGCAAGGUGUUCAACAGCUAAAGCGUGUUCUUGUUGAGCAUCAGACAUUUCAAAAUCUGAGCAUUAAGAAAUAUCAGAAAUCAGUAUCACCGAGCAAUGUUUUGACAGAGUAUAGAAACUAAAACAUCUUAAAGAACCUAAAUCUUACAAAAGGAUAAUCAGAUUCUAAACAUGGGCUCUAUAUAAAUGCCUUAUAAGAUCAGAGUGGUCAAUACUACCAGGCAGCUAAGUAUCUGGCAUGCUCUGAAUAGGAUAAGAUUCAAAUGAUAAACCAAGAGUUGGCACAUAGCCAAAGGAUAAAUCAACCAAAAGUCAUAUGAAAUCAUAACAUAUGUAUCGGACUAGAUCAUAGACAUAAAUGUCAUCAACCUUAUGAUGCAUUCAUUUGCAUCACUAAGAUGGGACAUAGAUGAAAUUGAGAAAUAACUAGUAGUCAUUCAUAUGUCCAGGCUAAAGAAGUGAGCAGCUAAGUAUUACUUUUGGAAGAGCCAUAAGAAGCAACCAAGUUUAGUCCUCCUUUAUGGGUCUGAUAUUUGAUUAUCUAUAUAUUUCAUCUAGCAUCAUCAUUAGAUUACAUUUCUGAAGAACACCCAUCUCGGAGUAGCUGCACCAACAAGGUUUAUAGCAACAGAGAUUUUUCGACUAUUGUUUGCAAGAACUCGAACCUAACUAAUCAUAUAGUGGAUCACUAACAGCUGCUUAUGUCUCUGAACUUUAAACCAUUUGUGACAAGGAAAGAAACAAAAUAUUACCAUCAUCAUCAGCAUUAUCGGGAAGUGGAAAAUCAAGCCAGGUUUCGGGAUGGGUUGCAAUGUCUCUGGCGAAAGAUACAACUUCAUCAGUCACACCAAUGACACCCUUCCUGGAACUAUCCCCUUCCACCGCGUCCUCCUCCUCAUCGGAUCCCAAUUGCAGAAGAUUCGAAGCCAUUUUCGUGAUCUCCGAUACGGCAAUAUUAUUGGAUAUCAUAGAUAUCCCAGUACGAAAUUUGCCUCCAAUCUCCGCAAAAUCGUUGCGGAUCCCCAUUAUUCCAGCCGGGUCGUCUUCCGAACCCGAAUUGGGAUCAAGGUCGGGCUUCGUAGAUUCGGAUUCUUCCAGGGGUUUGUAGGGCUCGGACUGGGGCGGGGGAGCGAGGAAUGAAGCCACGCCCCAGAAUUGGCGGCUUAGGGUUUUGGUGAGCUCAGAAAGAUCAUCUUUGACUCCACGCGGAGAAGCAGUCGGAUCGUCGUUUAACUGCUGCUCUGUUUCGGGACUGAUAUUGCUCCUAGUACGAUCUUCAUUAGGAUUAGGAGCGCCGUCGUUUGAUUGAUUGUCGUCAGCGUCUUCGUCGUCGAAUUUGAGAGUAUUUGCAAUGGAUCGAGCUAACCAUGACAUUGUGGAAGAUUGGAUUGGGAUCGCCGGCUGUCGGCGCCGAUUAUUUUUGGU